UAGAAAAACUUCAGGACCAGAAACCUCAGUUUAAUUAGAUGAAAACUCUUGUGGCCGGCCAUGCACAUGAUUUUGUGAAUAGACUAGCUAUAUCUAGUUAACUCAUUCUGCUCUCCCUCGAGCUCCGUUUCAAGCUACCUGUAUACUAGGCUGUAGCCAGAUUUUUUUCCCACAUUAUUUUGUUACAGAUAAAACAAAGCGAUGAAAGCUGUGUGUGUACCAUUUGUACUACUAUUGAUGUUCCAUCUCAGUCAAGCCCAGUUUACGGUACAACCAGUGUCGGUGGUGCAGGCCGAAGGUGUGGACGCAGUGUUUGAGUGUCUGUAUCCUGGUGCUGUAAGCCACAGUUGGGGAAUCAAUGGAACUUUCCCAGCAGAUGAUGAAUUCCCACAUAUUUUUAAUUUUACUCGUACCCAACCGUCUGGUGAUACCCCAGCAGCAACACUGACCAUCCCAGCCACAGCACAUUACAACAACACUGUGGUGCAGUGUGAGGUAGUGGUUAGAGGAGUAGGAUUCAGACUGACCGAGAAUGCUACCUUGACGAUAUUUCCCAUUACUGUUAAUGCAAGUAAUGAUACGGAUACGAUCAUUUUGUCAUGGGCGGACCUCAACUUUACCACUAACCUCAUGUACUGUGUGAACUUCAACAAAAUGACAAUUGUCUGCAAUAAGACACUUCCUCCAGUGUGUGGACUGACUGAAACGCAGUACACUUUCAAGUAUCCCAACCACAGUUUGUAUGACACUUUUUUUUUCACCGUGACUCCUGUUGAUGGAGGGAAUCAGAUAAAAGGAACAGCUAGUGAACCAGUUGCUGGAUCAUUUACAUCAGCCAGAGGUGUAACAACAGUUGUCAGCCAAGGAGAAGACUCAGAUGAAAAAUAUGUGAUGUUCGAAGCAAUGGUCCCUGAAUGUACACUGUUUACUUUGUAUCGAGUGGAAUUUGGAUCACUAGUAGGGUCUCAGAAUGGUACUCUUAACGCAUCUGGAAAUGUUUCGAUCACCUUCUCACUUCCUACUGACAUUCUAACAAGUAUCUCUGUGACACUCACUGCUGCUAAUGGAAUUGACCUGAUGUUUGAGAGUUCAUUAAGUACUAGUGAUAUUCAAAGACUUCUACCUGAGACUGAUUGUUCCGAAAGCCUCAGUAUGUGUGGCCGUAUUGAAUAUGCUGUGGAUUCUUUUUCUCCUGGGGCUCUAAUGUAUUUAGUUCCCACCACAAGUGAGUCCAGCAGCAUUAUGUUGGCUGUGCCAAGGAGGGGUGAUAAUUUCAGUAUCGGCCACAUACCUCCUGGAAGAUACAGUCUCCUUGCUUUUGACUUGGAGAACAACAGUCUACCAAGAAUGCCAUUCUCUCUAGCGUCUACAAGUGAGAUUGUGGAAGUGAGGACGUCAAGAGGAACUGCUGCUCCCCUGCCCAAUGGUGUAGGGAACAUUACCGUUAAGUUACUCAGUGGAGAUGUUGAAGUGAACUGCUCUAUACCUGUAACGAACUGCUUAGUAUUGGUUCAUUCAAUCAACUCUCCAGAACAAUUGUUUGUCCAGCUCAUCAACUUUACUGAUGACAGAACUAUUGUCUUCUCGGUUGAUUUAAUUGGUAAUGUCACAGUAGCAGUGCUCACUUGGGGGGAAAAUAACUCUAUAUUUGAGGGUCAGUUGUCCUUCAUCACCCAACUGGAAAUAUAUACCGCAGUGAUGAGUUCCACCACAACUGUUACAACCACUACCACGAACACAACCACGCCAAUCAUUUCGAUUCCUGGCGAUGGGUCUUUGCGGACACUACCCAUUCCAGUAGUAGCAGGCAUUGUGAUUGCUACACUGGUGUUGGUGUGCAUUUCCUUGGUUGUUUUAGUUCUUGUGGUUCUAGUCGUAAUAAAGAAGACUAAACGAGGCAGAAAGGUGUUAAAUUCCAGCUACAGUCACAUGAAUAGAACUCGUCACUUCAAUGGAUACAGCAAUAAUGAAGGUGUUGAAUUGACACCAGAUUCUGUUGUUGAUGUGUGCAAGGAUGUCAAUUACGACACAGCUGGCAGCGGUAUUGCCUUGUCAUCAACUUACGAUGUAAUCCGUGAAGAGAACUUACACGACAAAGUUGACAAUGGCAUUUCACCGUAUGAUGUGCUUCAAACUGAGGACCUUUCCGGUAUCGGUAGUGGACCAGCAUCACUGUAUGACGUAGCACGUAAGGAGAACAUGUAUGACUCAGCAGACGCCACACGAUCUCCUUAUGACGUGGUCAGUAGCGAUCACUUACCGCCUGACUACGAGACCGUAGAAUCAGUCAAGGCUGCAAUGUCACCCACUUCACUGUUACCCCCACCCCUACCCCCUCCUAUGAUCCGAAAGAGCAGUGAGGCUCCGUCUCUUCCUGCCCCAUAUGACUCGGGAGUGGAUACUCUUCUUUUAGAUAGUGUCGUUAACGGGUCGGUUGAGAAUGAUGUUGUCAAGGACGAGUCAAGGCAAGGAUAUGAGAAGUGUGCUGAUAAGACAAAAGACGAUACUGAUGACGACGAAGAAGAGGAAAAGGUCAUAGUUGAGCACCUGUAUGUGAUGGUCAAAGCAGAGCCAGGUGCCAACUCAGACGAGUCAGUACACCCCACAAGAGUCGUGUACGCUCAGGUGAACAAGAAGAAACAGAAGCCUGUCAAUCUUACUGGGUCAGCUGCAGCUGUUGCUGCUCCCGUGAGGCGCUCACAGCUCACCCGUGACACCCUAAGGGCAGAGCUCCACCUUCUGGCAGGGAGGUGGGAGGACCUAGCGAGAGCACUAGACAUGGACGAGGAGAAAAGGGACAAUAUCUUCAGUAAUAGCGAGAAUGACCAACUGAGGCUGCAUGAGCUGGUGGAGCUUUACUUCAGUAGCACACAAUACAGACACACUUGGGAGGAAAUGGUGCAAAUGUUGACAGAUGUUGAGGAACAUGGAAUUGCUGGGAGAAUUCAAGAGGAUAAAGUUAAUUCACAAGGUACUGCGGAGCCAAUCAAGCAUGCUUCUGUAGUGUAAAAUGGAUUGUUGUGACCGUAUUCAGCCCACUGCAAGUACAGCCCUAGCUGAACAAUUAUUUGUCAUCAUAAUUAUAUACGGUCAAUAAUUUUACAGAUUGUACAUUUUCAACUUUCCCCUCACUGGCCUCUGUAGACUAUCCAUUAAUUUUCCAAAAGUUAUUGUUUCAUAUUAUUAUUACUCGUUAAUUGUUUUGG